CUUAGCUGAGAUGCAACGCGUUGUGACGCAGGAUAAAAACAAGCGGACAUUUAGAAUACACCCUGAUAGACCAUCAAAAUGACGGGUUGCAAUGUUGUCACCAAGUGGCAGAAACUCCAGUUAUUCUACCAAGACAUUCUGGAAAACGGAGACAAAAGGACAGACAGUUGGCUCCUGGUCUACUCCCCUGUGCCAAUUACCUGUAUAUUCUUGUGCUACCUGAUCAUUAUAUGGGUGGGCCCAAAGUUGAUGGCAAACAGGCAGCCCGUUAACCUCAAACCUCUCCUGAUUGUUUAUAAUUUUGCCAUGGUCUGCCUGUCUGCCUACAUGUUCUAUGAGUUCACAGCAUCUGCUUGGUUGGCCAGAUACAGUUUGCUGUGCCAGCCAGUUGACUACAGUAACAACCCAUUGGCUCUAAGGAUGGCCAAAGUGUGCUGGUGGUUUUACUUCUCAAAAGUCAUAGAGCUCAGUGACACUAUAUUUUUCAUUCUGCGGAAGAAGAACAGUCAGCUGACGUUCCUUCAUAUCUAUCAUCAUGCUACCAUGAUCUUUAACUGGUGGGCCGGAGUUAAAUAUGUAGCUGGGGGUCAGUCUUUCCUUAUUGGUCUGAUCAACUCCUUGGUCCACAUAGUAAUGUAUUUGUACUAUGGGCUUGCCGCUCUAGGACCACACAUGAAUAAGUACCUGUGGUGGAAACGAUACCUUACCUCCCUGCAGCUGUUGCAGUUUUUCAUAGUGACCAUGCACACCACCUGCAACCUCUUUGCUGACUGCGACUUUCCUGACUCCAUGAACGCGGUUGUGUUGACCUAUUCUCUAAGCCUCAUUGUUCUCUUCAGUAACUUUUACUACCAAAGCUACCUCACAAAGAAGACCAAAAGCAUUUAGAGACACCGGGGAUGUAAAAAAUUAUGAAAUAAAGGAGAGAAAAAAAAUGUUUUACACCUAGAGAACCUGUCAGAAGAGCCAAGGGCUGGCUGUAACAGCUAAGGAGCUAAGUUUGCCAGGACACAGACAGGAUAUUGCCAUUGAGUUUUAUGUUCUGUUGUACCACCCUGAUGCUAUAUUUGUUAUAAGGUAAUGAUCGACCAUAGUGCAAAUGGUUUACUAGCAAAGGUUCAAUGCAUUCAAAUCCCUCAUUGGACCUUCAGAUUUUCAGGUUAUGUACCUUGAAUGAAUAUAAAAUUUGAUGCAUUUAAACAUAUUAGGUCUAUCUCUAAGUUCAUCAACCCAGACUUUUAAGAACUGCAUAACUAAGGCUUGCACUUGUAUUUCUAAUUCUGUUUUCACAAUCACUAUGGCAAAAUUCUUUAUUAGUCAUUGGCUAUAUCCCCGUUGUUUAAAUUGGCCUAUGUAUUUGAAUAUAAUCAUUUGUGAAAUAUUGAUUAGAAAAAGUAUUUGAUAUUUGUCGAUAAAAAAAUUGAUUUUUAUUCUAACAACUGGUUAUUUCUGAUUAGUUUGACCCUUUUUGCCUAUUUUAUUUUAUUUUAUUUUUUGAGUUUUAGACAGUUUUUUUUUUUUUUUUACAUUUUAGGGUAUUAUUAGAAAUAUUCUUGUAAUGGCAAUUAAGUUUUGUUGAAAAACCAUUAAAACUAGGGAAAUCCAAAAAAUUAAUGUCUUCAGUUGUAGAGGUGAACAUCUAGAAACAUGUUGGAAAAUUUACAAAAUGUGGAUUUUUUUUAAAACAUUUUUGUUACAAUACGACGAGUAGGGGACAUGGGUCACAAUAAAUUUCAGUAGUCCCAUCAUGAAAAACAGCUGGAUUGUCAUAAAACUUUGUGCCUCUGCCUGCAGUACAGUUCAGAGGCUACUUUUGCAACAAUGACAAAUGUCCUCUGUGGCUUCUACACAAAAGUCACAAUCUGUCUAAAUCUUAACAAAACAAAACAAAAAAAUACUCAAUGUGAAAAAUUUUUCCAACUUUUAAUUUCAGAAACAACUUUCCAAAGUAACAUCUUUUUUACCUUCUGUGGCAUUUAAUAAUUCCCAAGAUUCCUUCUGUGGAAGCCAAAGUCUUAGUCUAAAUUCAAAAUACCCAAUGUACACAAUUUCAGCAUUGGAUAUGCUUGUUUAGGCAAACAAGUUGGGAAGAGCUAAUGUCAGAUUACAAGGAAGUGCGCCGGGAGGGGCAUGGCCAGAUGCCGCCUAGGUGGGCAGGGCUUGGAACCCUUUCAUAACUGCUUACGCUUCUAGUUGUUUGUUGUGUUGCAUAAGAUUUAUCUGGACUAAUCACUCGACCAUAACAGCUGCACUUUCAAGUUUUAAAAAAUCUGAGAAAAGUUUCCAGAACCAAACUCAAGCAUGGCUGCUGUGUAAAACAAGUCUUCAAAGGCUUAAAUAAUAAAUUAUGUUACAACUUCUCUCAUGUUGCAUCGUAUUAAACAAGCUGGACAAUUCUACUGUCUACACCUCAAUACAUGAGAUUAAAACAAGAACGGAUAUAUAAAAGAAAAUAAUGUCUUGAUUAAAAUACAUCAUUUAAAUUAGACCUAAUACUGGUUUUCUACUCGAUUACUUUGAAAGCUAAAAAUAUUAUAUUGGCACUGUUUGUUGUAUUAUAUUAAUAUAAUAUAGAUUUUAUUCCUCUGCUCUUUGCAGAUAUGUGACAAAGUGAGACAAAAAAUAUUAUUCCAAAGUUCCCAUGAACAAGAAACCAUUAUUAUUGAUGUAUGAUGGAAUGUGCUUUAAAAUUGUUAUGAACCAUUAACUAAAAUGUUUAAAAGACCCAAAAAUAACAAUUUGCACGUGGGCUCAGGCACUGUGACUAUUUUCUUGUGACAGUUAUUGAUACCUAGCUGCACUUGAUAAAAAUAUUGGGCUAAGCAUCUUCUUUCAAUCAAGUACUUUCAACAUAGAAGUUUUAUUACAUUUUAAUGUGACAAAUGUAUAUAAGUUCAAGUGGUCUGAAUAAGUUUGCAGGUACUGUGCUGUGUAUAAGGUACACAGAUUGAUUGUAUAAAUGAGAGGGAACCAAAGAAAUGUAAAUGCAGCACAAGAUAACUAAGCCCCUAUAGGGCUGUUUUCAGGUUUUCAUAUUUUAUUUUUAAUUCUAAGAUCCAGGGGGGAAAUACUAGAGGUUCUGUGAUAAAGGGAAGAAAUCAGAAUCUAAAACAAUUGAAGAAAUUACAAGAUCAUCCCAAUUUAUGCAUUAAAAGACAGGUCCCUAACCUUUGUCAAAAAUUUUUAAGUCAAAAAAUGCACAUGCUGGUAAUUAAUAGAUGGAUAGACCAAAAGUUGUGGGGGUUCUCAGUUUUGAUGCAAUUACUUAAUAAAUUUUACGAGCUGAUUUAUCAAAACACUUUUAUAGAAGAAGCUUAGAAGUUACUUUAAGACCUAGCAACAAGAAUCCUGAUGUAUUGAGGAUAUUUUAAGCCCAAAAUUUAGAUAGUUAAAAAUUUUACCUUUUAAUACCUUGCAGAAACUCUGUCCAUCUCCCAACCAGCCAGCAAUUUACAUAUAGGACAGCAACCUCCAGCAAACUGGAAAAAGCAGUUCCUUUAAACCGAAAACAGUGAAAAAGGGAAAUGACCAGCCCAGUGUCCUGAACUAAAGCCAAUAGAAAACCUCUGGGAAAUCCUGUGGAAUAAAGACAUGUCCAAGAAACCCUCUGGAGUGGCAAAGUCCUGUUGCCACACUCCAGAUAUACUGAAAUCAUUCAAAGCAAUGGCCUGUGCACCUUCUACUAAAUGUUGACUGUUUGAACCUUUCGUAAAUGUACAUUUGAAUCAUGUUUUCUUUGCUGAAGUGCCUUGAUUACUUUGUAAAACACUUUUCUAAGUAGCGGGUGGAGCCACGACAAAACUUUCAAAUGUUGAGCAAUAAAGGUCAGAUUAUUUCUCAAAA